CGUACGGGCAGGAGUCAUAUGAUGCGUAUUAGCAUUGAAAAAGUAUGAUAACUUGAUCCGUCGCCUAGUCGUCCACUGUCGGCCGUGUGACUGUGUCUGGUGUUGCGUUCUGUUUAGUGCGGUGCUGCUGAUUCCAUAUAGCCAACAAAUAGCUGUUCCGCCUAUUGCCAGUCAAUCAACUUGCUAGCUUUGCUCGUCGAUCAAACGUAUCAUCAAAACAAAAGCCAGGCAUCGAAUCCAUUUCGCAGCGCAUCACAAUGCCCGGAUACAUGUUCAAUAUCGAUGGUGGCUACCUGGAGGGACUUUGCCGUGGCUUUAAGUGCGGUAUUUUGAAACAGGCCGACUACCUCAAUCUGGUGCAGUGUGAAACACUCGAAGAUCUGAAGCUACACCUGCAGGGCACGGACUACGGGCAGUUUUUGGCGAACGAACCAUCCCCUCUAGCCGUAUCCGUAAUCGACGACAAGCUGCGGGAGAAACUGGUCAUCGAGUUUCAGCAUAUGCGCAAUCAUGCGGUCGAGCCGUUGUCCACGUUUCUGGACUACAUCACCUACAGCUACAUGAUCGACAAUAUCAUUCUGUUGAUCACGGGCACGCUGCACCAGCGCCCGAUAUCGGAACUCAUCCCGAAGUGCCACCCGCUUGGCAGCUUCGAGCAGAUGGAAGCCAUCCACGUCGCGGCCACCCCGGCCGAGUUGUACAACGCGGUGCUGGUAGAUACGCCGCUUGCGCCCUUCUUCGUCGAUUGCAUCUCGGAGCAGGAUCUGGACGAGAUGAACAUCGAGAUCAUUCGUAACACGCUUUACAAAGCAUACCUGGAGGCAUUUUACGAUUUCUGCAAGAAGAUCGGAGGCACCACCGCUGACGUGAUGUGCGAAAUUCUCGCGUUCGAGGCAGAUAGGCGUGCCAUUAUCAUCACAAUCAACUCAUUCGGUACGGAGUUGUCAAAGGACGACCGGGCCAAGCUGUAUCCGCGCUGUGGUCGUAUGAACCCGGACGGCCUGGCGGCGUUGGCGCGUGCUGACGACUACGAGCAGGUGAAGGCUGUCGCCGAGUACUAUGCAGAGUAUGCCGCCUUGUUCGAUGGGUCCGGCAACAAUCCUGGCGACAAAACGCUAGAGGACAAGUUCUACGAACACGAGGUCAAACUGAACAUGUACGGUUUCAUGCAACAAUUCCAUUUUGGAGUGUUCUACUCCUACCUGAAACUAAAAGAACAGGAGUGCCGCAACAUUGUCUGGAUUGCCGAGUGCGUGGCCCAGAAGCACCGGGCCAAAAUCGACAACUACAUUCCGAUCUUCUAAACGUCUCACCAAUCACCACACCCUCCAACUGCAACUCACCAGCAGAGCUGCACAUGCAAUGACUAAACGAUAAACUUCUUGUUUGUGUUAUGUUGUUUAGGAACGGACAGGUCCGACUUAUCAUCAACAUAAACUUUUGCAUUCAAGUGGAUACACUGUCAGGUUAAAUUUGGCUAAACCAUGUUAAGUUUGUUUUUCGUUUUAUCCCCUUUAAAGUAUUUACGUGCGAGGGUAAAGAAUAACACAUCGAGCGUUAUGACACAUCCUGUAACGUUUCGUAAUUAUGAUUGAUGCAACAGAGUAUAUGCUAUGGCUGACAGUUAAGUAGAAAUAAAACAAACUGUAGUUACU